UCUAGAUAAGUGCGCGGUCAUAUUAAGUUUUUUCCCCGAGACGAACUGGAAACAGCAGCAGCAGCGUUCGAAUAUAAUAUCAUUCCCCAUUUCGAGCUAAAACGUCGUUGAGCCAACCAGGAAGAACCAACGGCGCACCAUGCCUUCGGCUGCAAAUACCGCUACUGCUACCACCGCUACCGCUGCAACUGCCAACAACAACAACGCCAGCAAGGAGAAGCGCUCCUCAAUCAGUUCGCUGGGCGGAUCGGGAAUCGCCGGAGGAGCUGCUGCGACCAAUGGCCAAAACAACAACAAAGAGGGCAGCCAAACGGAUUUGGCCAGCAGCAGCAGCACCAACAACAAUGCGAGCAAUGGAAACGCUGCCAAAUCGAAGGCGCCCGCUGCUGCCGCCGCCAUAGAGCCGUAUAAUCCGCUGAAGCAGCUGCUGGUGACCAUCGAGCACAAGAUCCGGAACCUGGAGAAGCGCAAGACCAAACUGGAGUCCUAUCGCGCCAUACAGAGCACCGGCAAGGAACUGAGCGGCGACCAGGCUUCGGCAGUGGCCAAAUACGAUGCGGUCUUGGCCAAUCUGGAAUUUGCCCGCGAGCUGGCCAAGCAUAUUCAGCAGCAGUCCAAGGAGGCCGAAAAGGAGCAGAAGAAGCAGGCGCGCAAGGACAACCUGGCGAAGACAAUUGCUGAGACGACCAAGAUCCGUGAGGUUCUGAUCAUCCAGAACGUGCUCAGCUGCUUCAACGAUGAACAAGUGCGCAGCGACUUCUUAACCGGCGAAAACGGAGCGAAAAAAUUGGACAGCAGCGAACUGGAUGUGCUGGAGAAAUUCUGCUUGGAGACGCAAACUCGACGCCCGGAGACCGCUGACGAUGUUAGCUUUAUCACUACUGCCCAGAAAUCCGCUGAACUGUUUUCUUCGACCAUCAAUGCUCGUCCCAAGUCCUUUGGCGAUGUGACCUUCGAGAAGUUGCGAACGCUCUUCCAGCAGAUCCAGGACUCUGGCUACUUGGACAAGUACUAUCUAGUGCCGCUGGCCGAUAACGCGGUGGCCAACAGCACGGAUAGUGGCACCGGGAGCGGCGACGGCGAGGGCGGUGACUUGUUGAUCGAUGGCUCUGGCGAACUCGACACGGAACUGCCAUCGGAGCCAUCGGCUCGCAAUUCGUUGGAGGAGGGAUUGGAUAAGUUGCACCUGGGAGUGCAGGCGGAACUGGAGCAGCAUCCACAGCACCACCAGCAACAGCAGGAGCGUCCGGGUCAUCUGCUACUGGAGCAGCAGCACCAGCGAGCUCCUUCUCUGGAGCUUCAGCAGCAGCAGAACUUGGUGGUGCAGCAGCAGCAGCCACCUCAAGUCUACCAGGCAGCUCCUCCGGCCGGAGGCACCACCACGCCAGUGCAUGUUAUGUACGCUCCUGCGCCGCCUCCCCAGCAGCAGCAGCAGCAGGGACAACAGCAGCCGCCACAUCCUCACCAGCUGUUGAGCAGCCCUGUGAAUCUCCAGGCCUUGCAGACGGGACCCGCAGCUCCGCCGCCACAACAACAGCAGCCGCAUCCCACUCACUUUGCCCCCAAUGUGCGUGCCGUGGAGCAGAACUACUUCAAGCAGCCACCUCCGCAUCCGCAGGCUCCUGGAUUGCAGGCGACACCGACGCCACAGCAGCAGCAGUUUAUGCAGCAGCUGCGUCCUUUGGCGGAGGUCUUGGGCACAGGAAGCUUCCACUUUCUGCAGGACAGUGAACUGGACAAUCCUGAGGCUUUAGCCCCACCACCGCCUACCAAUCAGGGAUUGGUAUUCGAGCAGCAGCCGCAGCAGCAGCCCAACCAUGUCGAAGAACCACCGCAGGCCAUACAAACGCUGACCUUCACCAACCAGUCGUUCCCAUCGCAGCAGCCCAAGCAGCAGGCUCCUCCUCCUCCGCAGCAGCAGCAGCUCUUCUCCCCCGUGCUGAUUCACGAACAACGUCAGCAGCAGCAACCACAGCAGCCGCAGCCCAUGUUGAUUAUGCCGCGUCUGCCCACACAGCAGCCUCAGCAGCCGGCUCCUCAGGGAAUUGGCAUGCAGCCGGGCGAUGUGACCUCAGUAUUUCCGUACGAAAAUGCUGUGGUCUCCUAUGAGCAGCAGAUCCAGCAGCAGCUGAAACAGCAACAGCAGCAGCAACAACAUCAGCAGCAGCAACUGGAAGAGCCUUCGUCUGUAAACACCUCCUCGAGUGUGGGCGCCGGUGGAGAUGUGGAGAACAAUGAGUGGCAUGCUCGUAACAACGACACGAACGCAGCAGCCACAGCUGCACUAACGAAUGUGCUCAAAGGCGAGGCCACGCCCCCGGCACCGCCCACCAAGUGGAGCUCGGAGAUGAAUGCCAUGAGCAGCGCCGCCUCGAAUGGCAGCAGCAACACCAGCCACAAGCAGGAGUGGGCCACGCCCAGGGACCACAGCGCUGGCGGCGGUGGCAACGGCGGUUAUGCGGACAACGAGGGCAACAGCCACUGGAACAGCUCGCAAGGCGAGGGACGUCGCAACUCGGGCAACUACCAGCGACGCGGCGGAGAGCGCGAUAACCGGGAUAACCGCGAUCAGGGAGGACGAGGCGACGAGCGGCGCAACGGCAACUACCGGUCGCGUCAGUACGGCAACUCAUCGAACCCCAACGGACGCAACUCUGGCAACAGCGGCGUGUACUUCCGCAACAACGAGUCGGGCAAUGGUGGAGGCAACAGCUACUACCAGAAUGGAGGAGGCGGCGGCGGCGGUGGCACUUACAACAAGGAGUCGCGCUACGAGUCCUCUGGCGGCGGCGGCGGCGGUGGAAGCUACCGCGGCCAGCGCGGUGGCAACCAGCAGAGGAAUGUUAAUGGUUCGUACGGAGGCGGCAGGCCCAUGGGCGAUCGUGGGCGCGGCGGAGCGGGCAACCAGGGAGGCGGUGGCGGCGGCGGCGGCUACAUAAACCGCCAGAACCAGUCGCAACGCAUGCCUCUUGGACUGGAGAAUAAAAACUGAGCAAACAAUACGUAUUAACCGCAAACAAAACAACAUACAAUUCAUGCAAACCAUACACACAAAACCCAUACAGAAAACAAGGAAACAAAUCAUCUAAAUGCAAAUAAUGGCCACGUAGACGUACAAUUAUCGUUACGUAAAAGAAACUCUCAACCAGAAGAAACGGAAAUCUAUUUAAAAGAAUCCUUUAUAAACGCAACUAGGGAAACGAAAAUGAAGCAGCAGCAAAACAAAACCAAUUCGUGCGCAUUUUUGAAUACAAUUUAUAAUUAUUUUCCUUGAUUUUGGUUUAUUUGAUAAUGUAUUAAUAAUAAAACAAAAUAGUUGUUAGAAACAAAAAGGAAUUACAACUAUAUACAGGAAAGUAAACGCUCUAAGGGUUUCUAAAACUCCCAGACAGGACAGGAUUUCGGAAAAAGAAAAAAAGAAACAGCGAAAGAUGGGCAAUACAUUUAACUCUGAUCAGCCUUUUCUCGUCCGACAUUACUAUAUCCCUGUUUGGCUGCGUUGAAGUUGAUGCGAUAAUUAACAAAGGUCGAGAAAAAGAAAAGUAUUUAUACGUCUUAGCAAUUAAAUAACGAUUCUGAAAUAUACAAAUUAAUUACUAUUACCUAUAUAUAUAAACGAAGGAUAAAUAUAUUUAUAGUUUGUGCUCUUACUGUCAUGCUCUAUCCCAUUUCAACACCUUUUUUUUUGUUUUGCCAAACUUUUACACACAAACGAAGAAAACAAAAAUACAAAAGCCACGUAAGAAAGUAAUAGUUGUAAUUAAUACUGCGUGAAUGAAGAAGCGUGCACACUAACAGUGCAUUAUAAAUGAAAUGAAACUAUGUAUUUGCAAAAUAGUACAUACAUUAAACAAAAGUAUAUAAACCAA